AUGCUGCAGAUCGGGGACGAGGCGGUGUAUUUCUCGGCGGUGUUCCUGCUGGUCGUGCUCGGGACGAGGAGCGCGACGGGGGCCUCCCUCCUCACCGCAUUCCUCUACGUCUUCAUGGCGAUGUUCCGGUUUCCUCCGGUGCCAGCGGAGCAGGCCGGCCGCGUCCUCCGGCCCAGGGCUCCAUCAGGCGGCGUCCCGGUGGUGGCGCACCGCGGAGGGCGCCACGACGCUCCGGAGAACACCUUGGCUGCGAUCAGAGAGGCCAGCAGGAACGGGGCCACUGGCGUUGAGCUGGACCUGAGUUUCACAGCCGACGGAGUGGCCGUACUGAUGCACGACGAGACUUUGGACCGCACCACCAACGGCUCUGGACCGGUCAGCAAACUGCAGUUUGUGCAGCUCAGGAGGCUGGACGCUGCUGUUCGUCACAGGCUGAAGGACAAGUUCAGUGGAGAGAAGGUCCCGACUCUGCAGGAGGCGGUGGAGGAAUGCAUCAGACACCAGCUGACCAUCUUCUUUGAUGUCAGAGGUGAACCUGAUAAGGCUGCAUCCGUGCUUCAUGAGAUGUACAGGAAGUUCCCUGCCCUGUACAACUGCAGCAUUGUUUCCUCCUUCGAACCCAAAGUCAUCUACAAGAUGCGUCAGACCGACCCCAGCGUGGUCACGGGUCUCACACACCGGCCCUGGAGACUGAGCCGCUUUAGCGAUGGCACUCCUCGGAGCCUGUCGACGUGGGGUCAGAUGUGGACGGGGGUCCUGGACGUCUUGUUGGACUGGGCCCACCACCACAUACUGUGGAAACUCUGCGGAGUGUCUGCCAUCCUCGUGCAGAAAGACUUCGUCUCGCUGGACUACGUUCAGUACUGGGCGGAGCGAGGGGUGGAGGUGGUGGGCUGGACUGUUAACACCGCUGUGGAGAAAGACUACUACCAAAACCUGCUGAGGAUUGGCUACAUCACUGACAGCCUGCUGGAAGACUGUGACUCUGCUGAAUGA